CGAAGAUCUUCACGAACCGUGUAAAUUCUUUCGUCAGUACGUUUUUGCACGACGGAAACGUCGUUUCUAUAUGGUUGUGUUUUGAGUUGUUACUCUUUCGAUUGACAAAAGAAUUGUCUAUUGAGAAAUGGAAGUAGAUUUGGGUCCAAAUGAUCCUGAGAUACGAUUAUCACAGUUUCUUUAUGUUGGGAAGGAAUAUCCGGAUUAUCAUCCUGGCAACUGGUUUGUUCACAACUAUUUUUUAGCUAAAAAUGUCCCAUCCAUAGAGGAACUAGCUGAGAAUACAGAAAAGCAGUUAUUGCCAGUUGAAAUAAUCACAAAGGCAUUUGAAAGCAACCUUGUUCCAAAUUCAGAAACAUUAGUAUUUGCUCUCGCCGUUUGCUGCAGGCAAAUGAAAAGUGAACAAUUACGACACGCAGCCUAUGCAGCUGUGAACAAAAUCUGUGCAUCACCUCCGCAUUUUCUUUUGUUUAUAAAAUUUGUUUCGCAAAUAAGCAAGCAAAAAGAGCUUAAUGCGACUGGUAGUUCAAAACAUGGUUGGGGCAAGGGUCUAAGAAAAGCUGUGAAUUAUUGGUACUUAUCAAAAACUCCGAUGGAAUUAGCAAAAUGCGUUACAAAAUACAGAGGCAGAUAUGGUUGGAAGCAUAAAGAUAUUUUAAAGUUAUCACAUCCUGUACCCAAAAAUCCUGAGACAGAAGUGGUCCUCAAGUAUGUAAUACAUGGUUUGGAAGAAAUAAAAAAAACAUAUGGGGAAGAUUCUAGAUUUGCAGAGAUAGUAGAAUACAUUGAACGUAUCGAAGAUUUCAAACAUUGUAAGGAUCAACUUCAAGCGGCACAUCUUUUGGAAGAACGUGAAUUAACAUUAGAUCAUGUACCUGGACAUUUACUGAAGUCUGAAGAGGUCUGGAACGCAUUGAUACCAUCUAUGGAUUUAAUCACGCUUUUAAACAAUCUACAAAGAAUUCAUAAUUUCGAAUUACUAACGCCAAACUCUUUAAUAGUUUCGAAAAUAAUCGAGCAAAUUACGAACGUAUCAUAUAUUAUCCGCGACAAGAUUCACCCAGCUUUGGUAUUAGUAACAGUAAGGAAUUAUGAAAACUGUGGAAAGCCAUUAACGUACGUAAAAAGGAAAGUCAAAGAACAAGCUGACAAGAAACAGUUGAUUCUACCAAUUCCAAUUAAACCAAAUUCUAAAAUUAUCGUUGCUCUCUAUAAAAUGUUAAACGUUUCAUUCUUUCACAUUCAACCGACUGGCUUACGUUACUUCGUGACAAUCGACAUGAAUAAAGUAAUGCUAGGAAAACAGACUUGGCGCGGUGGUAACGUGAAUGGUGCAGAAGCAGGAUGCUUAAUUGCACUUUCGCUUCUUCGUAGCGAGAAGAACGUCACCAUCGCGACGUUUAAAAACAUUGGAAUUCAUAUGGUAAACAUUGAUAAAACGGCUUCUUUUAGCCAGGCUAUGAGAAGAUUACAACAGAUGCCUGUUGGGAACGUUAAUUUGGGUAAACCAAUGUCGUGGGCUGCUAAUCAGAAAAUGAAAUACGAUGUAUUCAUUAACGUUGUAGAUCAAAUAUAUGAAAAGUUUGAUACUUCCGAAGAAGCACUUCAGAAAUACAAAACGGCGCUUACGCUUCCAAAUACAAAGUUAAUAAACUGUGCUGUAUGUUUUCAUUCGACCUACCAUAAGGAAAAGCGUGAUAAUAGUAUUUUAACAAUCAAUGGUUUCGACGCUAGCGUUCCUGUAGUUAUACAGGCCUUCGCAAAGUCUUUGUUUUAAUCCCUUCUUCGGCAAGCAUACAAAUUAAUCAAUUAUGCAACAUAAUUAUUAAAUCAUUUCAACGGCAUCAUCAAUUUAGAAAUACUUUGGAAUACUUAGGGUAUUACGAUCAGACUUCUAAAGAAUAGUAUUCGAUAAUCUACGAAUGCUGCUAGUCUGAUACUUAUACAGUAGUCAGGGCAUGCAAUAGCUAAACAAAAUAACACGAAGUACUUUAAAAUUAGGUCUAAUAUCACACUAAAUACAAAAUUUUGAUGCAUUUAUAAUUAUAGUAGUUCGUGCCCGUUGAUAUUAAAACGAAAGGAAUUAUCGUUAAACGGUCCUAUUAAUACCAAUUGACAACACAUUCAGUUUUAGUACAAAGUCAUAUAUCCGUGAGAAGUUAUUUAGAUUCCCUUCUUUUUUUAUUUAAGUUUUAUCGUAACGAGAGAAAUACUUUUUUGGCACUUAAUGAUUGUUCGUUACUAACUCCCACUAAGAUAAUUGUAAUUAUCUUCUAUAAAUACUAACACAGCAUUAUCAAUAAUAUUUACUGCAUGCUUUAACAUUUAGAACGAGCUGUGUAACAUCGAAUAAUGAUUUAAUUCGUGUUUUAUAGGGUGGUCCAAUGAAUUUUGUAAAUAUUUAUUUAAAUGGAUAACACACGAAUCCAAGUACGUCAAUAACCAAGAAGUAAAUGAAUGUGAUAAAUCUGUGAUCGAUCGUUUGAUUAGACAAAUGGAAACAUUUUCAAGUAACAUGGACCACUUUGGAUCGCUUGGAAACAAAUGCACGUUUACUAAUUUAUCUAUUUUUUUCGUUUUACAAAAUCGGUUGCGCAGCUAAAUGAAAAUUUAGGAUAAGACUGCAUAUUAGAUACAAGUAAGUAUCUAAAGUAACUUAAGGUGCAUUUUUAACUAAUGGUAAAAGAUACUUCUACUGUAAUAUCAUUGCCUGCUUAUUUCCACUGGUUGGCGGUAAAGCUUUUCUCGAAUAUCUUUAAUAAGAUAUAAUAGAUUUAAUAUGAUUUCGUAGACAAUAUAUUUCCGACACGGGUGCGCUUCUGGCGAUUCGAAUAAGAAUUAGAAGAUAAAAAAAAAAAAUAAAAAAAAUGAAACGUUGAAAAAUUUCUUACUGUGAUAUGCAUUUAGUCCCAAAGAAUAUAGACUUACAUUAGUAUAAUUUUACUGUUAUAUUUCAUAUUUGCCAUAUCCAAAGUAAAUGCGACAAAUACUAAAUACACUACUGAUAUAAUACUGUGAUACGAAGUACAUUGUUAUUGUUCAAACUAGUUGAAAGGAUAAGUAAACGUGGCCAGAGGCCCACCGCGUGUCCGCUUCAUUUUUUGAUUAGUAUCUACACCUAUUAGCGCAACGAUUUUUUUCAUUAAAAAACACAACAGUAUCCAGAGAUACCUCUGACUCUAUCUCGAUCCUCGAAUUACCAUUAUCAAAAAACCCUUCGGUUUCCAAAGUAAGAAGCAAGCUCUACUUAAGAUACGCCGCUAAAAAGUAACAGCGUGGAUGAAUUCUCAGGUCUGACAAACGUUUAAAUUAAGUGCUUAAUGUUCACGUGUUCUUUGCAGCCUGUCCGGUAAUUCGCGGAUCGAUAUCGAUCGAAUAUUAGUUUUAAUACAUACAUAUACGUAUAAAUGUAAAAUACAACGGCGUUUUCGUUUCACGAAAGAAAAUGGAAGAGCGAAAUUUGAACGGAACUGCGUGUCGUGGUAUGGAAAAAUAUUGAAUAUUACGUACGCGCGUUACGAAAAAUAUAUACUCGUUGAAAAUAAAAUAAAAAAUGAAAAUAAAAAAUUCAGGAAAAGGUACCUUUGUUUCGAAGGAAAGUUAAACGUGUAUUCUCGUUUGUUUUGUUGUUCUUUGCAAUUUACCGUGUAAUCUUUAAUCUUAUUUGCGUGACACAUUGUAGAAAUUUUAAAUGUUAUCGAACGUAAUAGCAUUUUUUUAAAGAAACUUUUCUUGGUUAUUUGAUAAAAAAAAAGAAUGUUAAAAAGUUUGUUUUCGAAAAAAUAUUUUACAAGUUGCGUAUGUAUUUGCUACUUUACUCGUUGAGAGUAAUAGAACGUAUGUUAUAUGUAUCUACAUUUAUAGCUUAUCGUAUUCGUUAAUAUCGCAUGCAGUAGCAUAAUAUAUCGGUGUCCCAUUUGUGAUAGCCGUGCUUUCGAUCAUUUUUUUAAAAUAUUGAAGAAGAAUUGAUUCGUUUCGAGGAGACAUUGUUUUCUCAAGUAUGUAAUUUCAAAGUUUCAAGAUCAUCGAUGGGGCACCCUGUACAUGCAUUUAUCUAACGAUCGAAGAGAAACAUUUAAUUAUGCCUAUAUCAUCACUGUCGUUUUUCAACUGCCACAUUUUAUGCUUUAAAUUCGAUAAUUUUUCAUUGGCUUAGCAACGGUACUAUAUCUGUAAAACUUGUAUCAAUCGUUGUAUUGUAUUUUAAAAUCAUGAUAACUGAUGUUUUAAGUUAUAAAGCUUUUUAUUUCACGAAACUUUAAAAUAUCAAUCUUUACUCGAUAUUAUAACCUGUUCGAUGGAAUUGCAUAGAAAUCGAUCAAGAUUUCUUUUCGAUCGUGUCGCAUAAACCCGGGCAUGAUCAUUAUCUAUUGUAAGAAUACGUCCGAUUUGUUAAGAAAAGUGGUAAAAAAAAAUGGGAUAACUACUAAGAUGCAAAAACAGCAGAAGCUGCCUGAAUAGAAACGCGUACUUUUACGCUUUCGUUUCAAAGUCCAUUAAUUUCAGGUUAUGCUACUCUGUCCAAUGAAACGAGAGCAAGUAGCUGAAUGUGUUCAUAUUAGUUAAAAAAAAAAAAACAGAUGGAAUAAAAUUAACCGUAAAGAAAAAUGAAAGUCGGAAAUAAAGAAAUAAUUCGUAAUAUAACGAGAACUAAGGUAUACUAUACAAAGUUCAUGUUAGACUUAAUGCGAAUUAGGAACGAUCCAAAACCAAGACAUUUCAUUUCGAUCAGAAAGCACAAAAAGUCUAUCUUAUAAAUGUGUAUUCGAAUGAACAAUAUUUUACAUAUGAUAUAUUGAUUAUCGAAGUCGUUGAGUAUGUACGAGUACGAUAACAAUAUAUUCCUUAGGAUUAAUGAAAUAAAAAAAAAAAAGAGAAAAAAGGAAUAGGUUAUUGUAACCACAUUUUUAGUGCAACUUUUGUGGAAAGAAUGCUCAACGUCCAUCGCGUAUAAAUAUCUCGAAGCAAUGCCGAAAAGAAGAUGUUAAAUUUGAACGUAGAAAACAUAAUGAAUUACUUCGUGCUUGUUCUUAAUAUCAAAGGGGAUUCGCAAUGAAGUUGCACUAAUUAUGCUUGCGAAAGAAAUUGAAUUUUUUAACUCACAAUUCCGUAUAGAACGCCUUACUUUUUCGGCCUCCCUUUAUCAUAACGAGGAUCAAGGUACAUAUUCGAAUCAAAGAUGGGACCCGGAACAAAAUACCUCGGUUACGAGAUCCCUUAAAAACACUGUAAAAUUAAAAAAAAACAUUUUCGUUUACUUCUAUUUAUCUACUUGUUUCGACAACGAUAAUUGUCACGUUCGAAAAGGAACAAAAUUAUGUAUAUAGAAAUCGGUGCCCUGAAAAGGAGAUGCGCCAUUUUUUGCUCUAUGUAAUUGCGAAUAGUAUUACUGACUUUAUCUUGUUUCGAAAGGCGUUACUUUUUAUAUUGUAAACGUUCAAAAAUGUACGCCCACGAAAAGUAAUGGCGCGUAUGAAAAAUUUCCAACAAAAAUGAAUUCCGCUCUGAAAGAAUGGUUGUUAAUGGGAUUCUCACAUUAUUUUUGUACCGUGAGUGAAAAUGUAGUGACUGGAUCGCUUUG